UUUGAGUUUUAUAAUCCAAAAAGACAACAUUAUGUGCUUCUCGGGAUGUUCAUUUUCCAAAGACAUUUCGCAAAACUCUUGUCAGUUGUGUAGAAAGGCUCGAUAACUGAAUACCUACUAUUCAAUUCGAACAUAAAAUAAUUUUAAUUUAAUUUAAGAUCAAAAUGAUUCCUCAAUUACAAUUUCGUCGCUGUAUCAUCUUCUUGUGCUGUAUAUCUUUGACAAUUUUAACAAUCUUCUGCUUUAGCUUUUCAAAUGAAUUCUCCACUAAUCUUGUUCAGCCUAACGUACAAAAGCAGAUGCAACAUUUGAAUUUUAAGAAACUACAGGCAAUUGCUGACUCGAAGCAAGUUGAAGAUCAACAAAAUGAAGAUCCUGAAACGAGUAAUAUAAUUCAAAAGUCAGAUGUCGUCUCAUUCUUUAGGAAUAUUGUUGGAGAAAACUUUGAUUUCUUUGUCAAACUUAAGGAUACGCGGAUGAAAAAUGUAAGCUUUUCUGAAGCUGGGGCGAAAGAGUUAGAUGAAGUAGAUCAGCUACCAAACCUCAUCGAUCCUAUUUUAAAAUCAUCAAAAUUAGAAUCAAUCGAAUCAAAUUUAAUUCCUGAUGAUGCUGAAACAAGCACAACUUUACCAAAUCUUUCCUACAAAGAUCCAACGCCGACCCAAAACAAACCAAAACUUCCGUAUCUUGGGAAAGUGUCUGAAAUUUAUCAACCUGUAUUCUUAUACUCACCAUCCAAAAUUUGUGAGAGCCAUGACGAUAAUCUUCAACUAAUCAUAAUUGUUACAUCAGCUCCUGGAAAUUUCAAAGCACGAAAUGCAAUUCGAAAGACUUGGGGACAAUUAAGCAGCACAGAAGCAGUCAAGAUUGUCUUUAUCGUUGGUUCUUCGAUUCCAAAAAAUGAAAAGAAGCUUAACGAUGAAAAUGCAAAGCAUGCUGACUUGAUUCAUGGAAAUUUCGUGGACAGCUACUUCAAUUUGACUUUAAAGACGAUUUCAAUGCUCGAAUGGGUCAUAAACAAUUGUCAAAAUGCUAAAUUUAUUCUUAAAGCUGAUGAUGACACCUUCAUAAAUGUCAAUAAGCUUCUAAAGCUACUCAAACCGAGGAUGAGUGACACAAAGACAAUUUACGGGCGUGUUGGAACUGGAUGGACUCCAUUUCGUGAUAAAAUGUCAAAAUAUUACAUUUCUUUUGAUGAAUUCGGUGAUUCUCUUUUUCCUGACUUAACAUCAGGUCCUGCAUAUAUGAUGACUAGGGACUGUGCUGAAUUGAUCUACAAUGAAGCUUUAGAUCAAAAAUAUUUAAAACUUGAGGACGUGUUCAUCACAGGAAUCAUUGCAAGUCGACUUAAUAUUCAAAGGCUUCAUUUAAAAGAAUUUUUGAAUAAGAAACCGAGCCGAAUUGAUGAAUGUUUAUUGAGAAAGUCUGUCAGUGUGCAUUAUAUAAGUCCUAGGGAGCAAUUGUGGCUGUGGAAAAUCUUUAUUGAUGGAAAUAAAAAAUGUUAAUAAAUAUAAACUGUGAAUAUAAUCAAUUUUUUUUUGUUUUUUGGAGUUGAAAUCCCUAGCGAGACUAACUAGCAAAUUGCUAGUCUUUCUAUUUUACUACUUGCAAUUUACUAGUUAUUUUUAAAACAACUUACUAUUAGUAAAUUACACUUACUAUUUAAUAGCAAAUUACUAGCAAAUUUCCAUGAGAAAUGUUUGAUUAAGUCUGCUUAAGUUCGAAUCUUACGAAAAAUCAUCAAAAAAAGAAUUUUUUGCAUCAUAAAAAAUUUUGUUCUAAAUUUGGCAUUUGCCAUAUACUUCACAAGAGCGCGCAGAAAUCACCUUUAUAAGGUCGAUCCAAAUUUGUAUGAGACAUUCAAUUUAAUUAUUUAUCUUCCUCAGGUUUGCGUGCGAGUCAUAAGCGUUCAUCAGUGUUUGACUUAAUUAAAUUAAGUCUUUUAUUUUUUUCGUAGUAUUAGUGUACUUUACUUAAUUAAACUAAGUACACACUAAUACUUUUACAAUAAUUUACACAAAUAAAAAAAUCAAAAAAACACGUGGAAAUCAACGGUUAUAUUCAUUUAAAUUUUUUACAAAUUUGCUAGUAAAUUACUAGUUAAAUUGUAAGCGAAUUGACUAGUCAAUUAGCAAGUGAAAAUGCGGGUCUUUGGCGAUGAUUUGAACUUGGAUUUUGACUAGUAAAU